AUGGCACGUUCUUAUAACACCCCUUCUACCACGUCCAACCACGAAAAUUCUGAUGCAACUUUAAUGGAAUUUUUCACCAACAAUGCCGCAGCCAUCAAUGCCAUUUUACACCAACACUCGUCCACAGAAACUUUCAACUCUUCCACUGACGACCUUGCUUGGAAUAAUGCUGUCGCUGCUUUACACAACAUUACACACUCCCGUCCUGCUACCCCCGUCCUACUGCGACGGAUGUACGCAACCUCCAAUGCUUUUUCACCCCAACCCAGCGAGUCCUCCACUGUCGUUUCACCCGCUGUUUCACAACCCGCAUCACCUCCUCCCCUCACUGUCAUUUCACCCGCUGUUUCACAACCCGCAUCACCUCCUCCCCUCAGCAACACCCUCUCACUUGCCCACAAUGACAACAACUACUCUGAUUAUACACAAUACGACGACUACUCAUCUUACAAUAACCAACAAUCUCAACCGAACGAUUUCCGUCCCCGUUCUACUCUGAUCCCACGCGUGUUGCCUCCCAUCAAUUGGCCGUCCGACUUGUAUCCACCCAUCCAACCUACUGCAGAAUUGCAAGCCCAAACUCCGUUCCCAAACAUGGAAUCGUCACCCGUUUUACAAGACUUCCAGAUCGAAGUUUGCCAUCGGCUCAUCGACGAUUCUGUUCACUUCGCCACCUUGCCGUUUGAACUCGUGAUGGGCUUGAUUGCGCAACUGCAGUGGUUGCUUAAAUGCGCACGCAGUAGCGCUGAACAACGCGAUUUGCAACGCCUUUUCUUCUUAGCGCAUGCUAUUUUGCGCAACCGUGACUGA